AUGCUGAGCGAGGCGGAGAGCGGGGCUGGCGCCGGGGAGAGCCCCGCGGGGGAGCCGGCCAAGCCCGGCCCGGGCGGGGCCGCCCCGGCCCCGGCCCCGGUCCCCGCGCCCGCCCCGGCCCGCGGCCAGGCGGCCAAGCGCGUCCUGGCAACCCAGGUGCUGGGCACAGUUAAGUGGUUCAAUGUUCGCAAUGGCUAUGGAUUUAUUAACAGGAAUGACACCAAGGAGGAUGUGUUUGUGCACCAGACAGCCAUCAAGAGGAACAACCCUCGGAAGUUCCUGCGCAGCGUCGGUGAUGGGGAGACUGUGGAGUUCGAUGUUGUGGAAGGAGAGAAGGGUGCCGAGGCGGCCAACGUCACCGGCCCGGGUGGCGUGCCGGUGAAAGGCAGCCGCUAUGCCCCCAACCGCCGGCGCUUCCGCAGAUUCAUCCCCAGGCCCCGGCAGGCCCAGCUGCCACCGCAGGAUGCCACCAGAGUGGAAGGGGCCGCUGAGCCGGUCAGCGAGGCGGAGAGAGCUGACGACACUAUGCAGCAGCAGCCCCGCAGGAGGCGCCCUCCGCCGUUCUUCUUCCGCCGGAGAUUUGUGCGUGGGCCCCGGCCUCCGAUCCAGCAGCAAGCCCAGCCGGCCCAGGGCACGGAAGGCGCAGAACCUAAAGAUGCCACCCAGCCGGAGGGAGACCAGCAACCGCCAGCCCAGGCUGGGGAGAGAGCACCAGCCCCUCGCUUCCGGCCCAGAUACCGCAGACCCUUCCGCCCCCGCCCUCCACAACAACCCACCACUGAAGGAGGCGAUGGUGAGACCAAAGUGGUGCCAGCCCCAGCAGACGGCAUCCGUCCCGAACCCCAGCGCCAGCGUAACCGGCCCUACUUCCAGCGCAGACGGCAGCAAACUGCUGGCACCAGGCCGCCGGCGGCAGAGCCGACGGUUACCGCCUCCAAAGACCAGCCUGCUCUGAGCUCUGCCGCUGGUGGGGACACCCCUGCUGCCAGCACCCCGGCCACCACUCAGGAACCAGCAGUGGAAGCCAGCAAACCUGCUGCUCCUGCUCCGGAGGGUCCCUCCCAGCCACUGCCUGAGAUCCAGCGACAGCUUGUGGAUACUUCGACGCCUGAGCCCGGAGGGGACCCCACUCCAGCCCUGCUGGUGUAAUGACUCUGCACACAGUGAGGGGAUGCAGAGAGCUGCCAGCUGGUGUCCAUCUUGCCCGUAUCCCCAAGUUACCUCAUACUGCACAGAGACCCCAAACUCCACCCGGUCCCCCCUCUCCUCGCUGCUGAUCGAAGCCAAGAAUGUGAACCCCGAGGGGGGACUGAACACACAAUCUUUAAGUUUAAAAAAAGAGACUUUUUGAGGGGCUAGUCUCCCCCCCCCACAGCUUCCUCAGUUCAAAGGGAAACUGGCUGUUGAAACUUGAGUUAAUUCCCUCCCUUCCCCCCCGAUUUUUUUGAAGAGCACUUUUUGUGAAUGUUGUGUGCAGUUUGGGUGUCAGUAAAGGAAUUUGCACAGAC